CAGAGUGGACAUAAUAGCCUCACAGUAAAGGAGAGAUGUGUUACAGGCCGGGCACUUCCAUCCUGCUGUGGGUGAGCUUCCAGUCGCUAUGCCUGUCCUUCUUCUCAGCGACUAGGCCAGCAAUGGCCAUAUAGGGUUCGAAGAGACUUGGAGUACGAGUGCGGUACAGAGAGCCGGCUCGCCGCUCUCCUCAUGCCCUAGAAAAGACUCUUUUUCUGGGCUAGGGAAACACAAGGUGAGAGCAGAUUGUCCCUUACACUCAGACAGGGAAAAGUUUACACGGCUGCUCAUUCCGCCAAUGGGAGCACAGGAGGCGCCAAGCUCAACAGCCAAUCACAGCACAGCAGGCAGUGUAUAUUAGAGACAUCCGGAGCUGAGAGCGUGUUAUUUAGUAUCUGUAUUAAGUAUUUUGUUGUACGCUAACAUGGCAGAAACUGCACCAGACUCCUCCGCUGUCCCUAUAUCAGAGGGCGCAGCCAAAAAGAAGAGGCAGCCGAAGAAAGCUGCAGGGGGAGCCAAGAAAAGCUCCAAAUCUUCCGGACCCAGCGUCUCCGAGCUGAUUGUAAAAGCCGUGGCCGCUUCCAAGGAGCGCAGUGGAGUUUCUCUUGCCGCCCUGAAGAAGGCUCUGGCUGCCGGAGGCUACGAUGUGGAGAGGAACAACAGCCGCAUUAAAGUGGGGGUGAAAGGAUUGGUGACCAAAGGAACUCUCACCCAGGUGAAAGGCACCGGCGCUUCCGGCUCCUUCAAGCUUAAUAAGCAGGUGGAAAGCAAGAAACCCGCCCUGAAGCCCAAGAAACCAGCGGCAAAGAAAGUGGCUAAAUCUCCGAAGAAGCCCAAGAAAGCUCCGCGUGCAGCUAAGAGCCCCAAGAAGGUGAAGAAACCCGCUAAAGCGGCUGCUGCCAAAAGCCCAAAGAAGCCUAAAGCCGUGAAGUCUAAGAAGGCGGCCAAGAGUCCGGCCAAGAAGGCAGCGAAGCCCAAAGCCGCCAAAAGCCCGGCCAAGAAGGCAGCUAAGCCCAAGAAAGCUGCGGCCAAGAAGUGAUAAAAGAGCCGCCGCAGCCUCGCUUCCUUGUUAUUCCCACCCAAAGGCUCUUUUCAGAGCCACCCACCCUGUCCAGGCAGAGCUGUAGGCGCACGACGUCACCUGUAGAGUGAAUAAUAGUCGCCAGAUUUGAAUGAUUUAUUGUCUCAGAGAGAAUAACAAUGGUGGCGGUAUUAUAGGGCAGAUACAGUAUCUCAGCGCAUGAAGGUCGUUAUACCCAUCAUGCAAUUUGUUUCAUGUAAGUUCCUAAGGUCUCCAUUGAAUUGUCUCAGACAGGCAGUGGUCUAAUCAGUAGACUAAACUAGAAUUCGCAUAGACAUUAUUCAUGCCAGCAGCAGAGAGCUAUUAUUCCUACGAUCAGACGCUGCUAGUACUGGACGGGUUAUUUCUAUGCGUGGCAGCUGUAUAAUGAGUACAGGAGGUAGAUGUAUUGCAGCGCUGCUCAGUAUGACAGUGUUCAGCGCUAAUCACACGCUACAUAAGCAAUGUGUCUGCUGAGCCGUGGUAGAGAGAGCAGGAGAAAGAUCGUGUUACCCAAGAUACGCCAGUCACCCGCGCUUAUCUACACUACACAAGCUCGCCUCACACAGCGGCAGCUGAUAUCUCGUUUCCUCUGCCACACAGUCACAAAGCAGGUCCUGUUCAGACCAUCUAAUUAGGCUUUAUGUUCCCAGAGUACAAAGGGAAGGAAUCUUAUUUACCUCACGUCUAAAUAUACAAUUAUGGUAAAGGAAGAACGAUACAUAGAAGCAUUUCUUGAUAAGUAGUGACAUUUCAUCUCUCUAAAAUGAUAAAUAGCGUGUUUCUCGGUGGAUACAUUGUAAUGAAACCUACACUGC